AUGAAGGCGCCGCGCGUUUUCUUCCUCCUUCUCCUCUCCUUCCUCUGUCUCAACUCCGUCCUCCUGCUCCUUUUUGACCGGCUAGUUCAGGAGCCCUACAUGGACGAGGAGUUUCACAUUCCGCAGGCGCAGCGCUACUGCCGACGCCUGCCGCCCGCGUUCUAUCAUCCGAGUAUAAGCACGCCACCAGGCCUCUACUGGGUUUCCUCGCUCGUUCUGCGCGCGCUGUCGACUCCUGCCUCCCUCGCUUCGCUUGCCUUGUUGCGGCGCGCCUCCGCGGAGGAAGAGAUCAUGCGAGUGCGGCAAGAAGGCGCGAGGGACGAGGCCGGAGGAGGAUGUCGAGACGUGGAGGACAGCGCUCUUGGAUGGCACAGUGAACUCGCGGAAAGACGCGGAAAACCGGAAACGAACGCAGGCGCAGGCAUGCAGAACCUCGCGGGCGACGCGUCCAAGCGGACAGAAGAGGGGGGAGAGUUGCGACAGUCGACUCUGCCGUUCUUCUGCCGGUAUGUCUCUUCGUUCCGCGCAUUCAAUGCACUGAUCGUCUCGCCGUUGACUCUUGUUCUCCUCUGGCAUCUCGCGAAGGCCCUCCGCCGCCCCUGGGCGGGGAGCGCCUCCUUGGCUUCUGCGCAUGCCGCGUGGGAGGCGCGUUCCUUCGCUCGUUCUUCUGACGCUGCAUUUGCUUUUCUCUCGACGAUUGUCGCUCCCGCGGGUGGCGACGCGGAGGCGAGCGACCUGCUGGUCGCGCUCAGGGUGGCGCGCGCCGCGCUUCUUCCAACCUUCUACUUCUACAAUUUCCUCUUCUACACAGACCCGCUCGGUGCGCUCCUGUUGCUCUUCGCCUACGCGCAGCUCCUCCUCAGCCCAAGCCUGUGGAGUUUUGCGGCUGCCGCGACGCUUGCCUUCUUCGUGCGACAAACCUCCGUCGUCUGGAGCGGCGGCGCAUGUCUCCUCACCUUCCUCGCGGCGACGUCAGUCCUGUCGACAGGCGAGAGUCGCGUGCAGGAGACUCUUCCCGCGCGGCAGGCGAAGUCUCGAGUCUCUUCGGAUCGGGCAGCGACGCCGGCGAAACGGCAGCCUCCUCGAGGCGCGCAUGCAGGCGAGGCGGAGAAAGAAGGAACCAGGCACACAGAGGAGACACAGAGGUCGGUCUGGGCUCGUCUGCUGCCGUCUGGCUUUCAAACGAGCGGCGCCGCCGGCGCGCACCUUGCGCGUUCGACGUGGGAGUCUGCAAAGAGCGCGCUCGCCUUUUUCUUUUCGCCGCGGGCCUGCUGUCGCGUCACUCUCCCUCUCGCGGCUCCGCUUCUCGCCUUUGCUCUCUUCGUCGUCUUCAACGGCGGGAAAGUCGCUGUGGGACAUCAGGCUUUCCACCGCCCGAGGGUACAUACAGCUCAGCUGCUGUACGCCGCUCUCGCCGUCGCCAGCGCGGCCAGUCCGGCGACGUAUCUUGUAGUUCUCCGCCGCCUGAGUUGCCUGCUGAAGGCCUUGUUUGCGGUCGUCGACGCGUGGGCGCGUCAAUCUCUCGGGAAGGAACUUCACGGCUUCUGUGGCCUCAAGAGUGAGGCCCUGGAGGGCGAAGGGCAGACGGCGGGCGAGCGACGAGCCGAAACGCACGCGCCGACGGAGGCGCGCCGAGACGCGAAGCGGAUGAAGGCGCCGCUCAGCGGAGCCGGAUCCGCUCUCGAAGAGACCUCUGAGUCACAGAGAACGUCUUCUUCUUCAGACUGUUCGCGCGGAGGCGACGGAUGCGUGGAGACCGAUCAAGGUGACAUGCCGCGGCAUUGUGGCGCGUUUUUCAUGUAUUUUGUCUGCCUCAGUUUGGCAGCUGGUAUAGGCGCGAUCGCCCAUCCCUUCAUACUUAACGACAGCCGCCACGUCGUCUUUUACCUCUGGAGGCACGUGCUGCGUUUUCCGCUCUUCAGGUGGCUAGUAGGUCCCUUCGCGGCAGCCUGCUACCUCGCCUUCGGCAUGCCGUGCUCACUCGUCUCGCCUCCGGUGCCUGCCUGCAUCGUCUCUCGAUCGAAGUGCAGCGGACAGCUUGGCGCGGAGCACGAGGCAGCAGCGGAAGCGAAAGCCGGCGGAGAAAGGGUGAAAGGCGAAGGGACAGACGCGAAAUCGAGAAGGCAGCAAGAGGAGGGACGAGAGUGGGAGGCUGAUCCUGCGGCCUCUCCGGAGUUCGCAAAGAGAAUCCCGGCAGAUAUCCCUGCGGCGUCGGAUUUGCGUUUUGUGUGCCCGCGCUCUAGCCGCUUCUACACCUUCGCCUCUCUCUUCACCUUCUUUCUCUGCUGCGUUCUAGCGCUGGUUCCCACAGGCCUCAUCGAGCCGAGGUAUUUCCUCUUUCUGCUUCUCCUCUUCGUCCUGCAUGAACGAUUUCCUUCCUCACGCGAGGCGAACCUCGCGUCUAGUAGGCGCCGAAGGUCGCCGGGAAAACCGGAGGAGGCACAGCUGGCGGAGUCCAGCUCAGCGGAGGACAUGGCGUGUACCUACAGCCGGUAUUCGAGGUCCGUCGCAGGCGCCUCGGCUGCGGCGCGUCUAGCAACGCGCCGAAGGGAAAACGGGGAAGGCGCUGCGGAAAGCGUCGCUGACAACGUGAACGAGGGGGAAGCAGACGCGUUACAAGACAGCAAGGUGUUACGGACGCAGAGCGCAAAGAAUGGGGAGCGAGAGAAUGUGCUGUGGCUGCUUCUGCGGUGCUUGCUGAACCCGUCCUGCUGGCGAAAUCUUUAUCGCGGGAGAGACCUUGGAGAGAAAGAGGACCUUGCUAACGAAGCCGCGGCCUUGCUUAUCAACGCCAGUCUCAGUUGUGUCAUUUUCUUCGUUUUCCUCUAUCGGCCGUACCGUGAUGCAGCGGGAAACAUCGCGCGCUUCAUGCUGUGA